UAUCUCUGUAUUUGAAAAUUGAAACCGUGCAGCUUUAAAAAAGCAGUCUCUCGAAAUUCCAAUCGAUACAGCAGCAGCGUUAGAAGAGAAGAGAAAGGAAUUUGAAAAUGGAAAGGUUAGGGUGGUGUUUGGAAUUCGUUCUUGGAGAAUCAAGUAUAGAUAGUGAGUGUAUUAAGGAACUGAUUAAAGUAAACUACUCAGUUACCGAAAUCAAUAAUAGGAACAUGAGAAUGAUUAUGCUGAAGUUCCUUGAAGAUGAGUUGUUGUCGAAAGCAUCUAUAGAUGAAUGGAUGCUUGAACUUCUCGAGGUAUUAGAAAAACUACUUCUAAUUGAUUGCAAUGACCCUUCAAACCCUAACCCUAUUAGCCAUGCCAUGAAAUCUGCUUAUUUCUACAUUGCUGUGGAAUGUACAGUUAAGUACCUUGAAGCAGGUGGUACAUCUAACUACCUCCAAGCAGCAGUUGACAGAAUAUGGAACCGUAGGUUUCAAAAAUUGGAGGAGGGAAGUUAUUUGUUAACUCCAAAAUGGAGACUCUGGAAAACGCUUAUCAAUGAUUCCCUUGUUGAUUCACAAACCAUGCUCAGACUUGCUUCAUUGUCUAAUACCAGAAAGAAAGCCAUUAAAGAGGUUCAACGCUUUUUGGUGGAUGCUCGGAAUAACCUUGUUGGCCCUUCCUUUCUCCACUCUGUUGCUGCUCCUGCUCAAAAUCAAUCCCAUAAUGAGUCUCCCAUGGAAGUCGACAAAGAUAAUGGAAGGCUUAAAGGCAAGGCUUCUACUACUGUUGUUGUUGUUGAGGAAAUGGCUACAUCAACCAGCUGUAGCAAAAUUGACUCUUUGCCUGUUAACGAGGCCCCAAAGAAUAAAUGCAAUUCUGUGGAGUUCGAAACAUUUGCAAACGAUCCUGUGCCCGAUUCAAUUUGUAUGACGGACAUUGUAAGGUCUGAUGUGGCAAUUGAAGAAACGAACCAGGAGCCACAAAUGGAAAACCAGAGUAAAGAUGCAAAUGUACCCAACCCACAAACUUGCCUAAAUAUUAACAAUGAUGAGGCAAAUCUUACGAAGGCAACUUCCCAUCAUCCUAGCUUGAUGAACCCAAAUAGUUCUGCUCGUACUCAUGAGUGGGAUGAUUCGAUCGAUGGAUUGCAGGCAGGAACAGUAAGGGGCACAAGUAGAAUUCGUUUGCGCAGUCCAGAGACGAAGAAGCUUUCUCCAUUGAAGGAGUAUGAACCAAAAAAAAUUACGAAAAGGAGAAAGAAAAAAAAAUGGAGUCAAUGGGAAGUGGAUAAUCUAAAGACCGGAAUUGAAGUAAUUGGAGAAGGAAACUGGAAAUCAAUUCUUCGUUCUUAUGAUUUUGACGAAAGAACUGAAGUUGAUUUGAAAGACAAGUGGAGAAAUAUGAAGCGGUCUGGAUGCCAAUGAAAAUUUUAUGCAUGUAUUUUAUUUUUUAUUUUUUUUGCUGAUCAGUUCAUGCCAAACAGAAGGGCUGUAUAUAUUAAUAGAGUUCAAAUGAUGAUCUCAAAUUGAGAUAGUAUUACUUUUUGAAUUUGGAAGGUAUGUUCAGGUGUAUUUUUGUAUAUGUCCCUAGAAUUGUACUUCACAAUCAUGAAAGGAAGUCCAAUAGUGUCUGAUAUUGCGUUAGCAGGGAGUAUUCCAAGUAACUUUUGUUUUAAAGGUUCAAAACUUAAGCAAACUAGUUUUAGCCUCCCUCAAA